AUGGCGGAGACGGUGUCGUCAAAUAUCCAUGUCGACUAUGUCAGCCUCAAAGACAACGCAAGGGCCCAUAUCGGGAACGUGGUGCAUGUCCACCAGGCUGAAGACCGCUGCCUCCCAGAUCUGCGAAACACCGACCCUCGCGACGACAAAGCUCGCAUCGAGGCUAUCAAAGGCGGCUUGUUGGAAGACUCAUACCGUUGGAUCCUCCAGCAUGGCGAUUUCCAGCAAUGGCUCAACGACAAACACAGCCGCCUGCUCUGGAUCAGGGGCGAUCCCGGCAAAGGCAAGACGAUGCUACUCUGCGGCAUUGUGAACGAAUUAAACAAGACCAACGCGCAGCUUUCCUACUUCUUCUGCCAGGCCUCUGAUGAGCGCAUUAAUAGUGCGACGGCUGUGUUGCGAGGCCUCGUCUAUUUGAUCGUGAAUCAGCAACCAUCGCUUCUCUCACACGUACAAGAGAGGUACAAGCAUGUGGGAGACGCCCUUUUCAAGGAUGUAAAUGCGUGGAGUGCAUUGUCAGAGAUCUUCUUGAAUAUACUGAAAGACAUGGAUACAAGCCUGCAGCAGACUUAUAUCGCCAUCGAUGCACUUGACGAGUGUGUCACCGAUCUACCAAAGCUGCUUGACUUCAUCGCCAUAAAGUCUGCCGUCUUUUCUCACGUCAAGUGGAUAGUGUCUAGUCGCAACUGGCCAGACAUUCAAGAGCAUCUUGCCAUCACUCAGAAAACAAGCCUCUGCUUAGAGCUUAAUGAAGACUCCAUCUCCGCAGCCGUCAGCACGUACAUUAAGCACCGAGUCGAGUGGUUAGCGCAGAAGAAGCGGUAUAGUGAAACAACAAAGGAUGCUGUUCGGCAGCACUUGUCGUCUAAUUCUAAUGACACAUUUCUCUGGGUAGCCUUGGUGUGCCAGAACUUGGAGAAGACGUCGUUGAAAAAUACCAUUCAACAACUAGACGAAUUUCCUCCUGGACUCGAUUCUUUAUACAAAAGGAUGAUGCAGCAAAUUCACAACUUGGAAGAUGCCAGCCAUGUUAAGUUUUGCUGUCAAAUUCUGGCAACUGUGUUGCAUGUCUAUCGACCUAUAACAAUAGCUGAGCUCGGCCUCCUCAUCAAGUGCUCAGAUGCCGAGUUGGUCCACAAGGCCAUAGGAUUUUGCGGUUCAUUCCUCGCUGUGCGAGACAGCCAAGUAUAUAUUAUUCACCAGUCAGCUAAAGACUACUUGAGCGGCAAGGCAGCAUCUACCUUGCUUCCUAGUCAUGCUGAAAUCAACGGCCUCAUUUUCUCACAGUCUGUACAAGCCAUGUUUGCUACGUUACGACGGAAUAUCUAUAAUCUACAUUCUCCCAGUCUCCCAACCAACGAGAUCAAGGCGCCAGAUCCGGAUCCGCUACAAGUUAUCCGCUAUUCCUGUAUUUACUGGCUUGACCAUUUCUGUGAUAUAUAUGCUCAAGAUGGCCAAUCUCAAUCUCAGGACCUGAUUGACGACAAAGAGUGCCAGAUGGUCCUUUUGUUCUUUCGAAAAUACUUUCUCUACUGGCUCGAGGCUUUGGGCCUAAUAGGGCAUGUGGAAGACAUUGUCCUUUCAAUAAUAAGACUAGUGAAUCUACUAAAGGGAAACUUGUCGGACCAAGAAUCUCCAGACUGCCGCAUGCAGUUGCUGGAACUUACACAAGACUCGCAGAGGUUUAUCUGGCGGAAUAGUUCACUCAUUGCCAAUAAUCCACUCCAAGUCUAUACAUCAGCACUUAUUUUCAGCCCCCUAAAAAGCAUAACACGACGUCUAUUCCAAGAGGAGGAACCCCAAUGGCUAGAAAUCACACCUACAGUUGAAUAUAACUGGAGCCCUUACUUGCAGACUCUGAGAGGUCACAGUCAUUGGGUCAGAGCGGUUGCUUUCUCACCAGAUGGUCGUUACAUCGCCUCAGGAUCACAAGACAGGACAGUGAAAAUUUGGGAUGUGGCAACAGGCACAGAGAAGCAAAGCUUUACAGGUCAUUUCUUGGGAGUUUGGUCAGUUGCCUUUUCCGCAGAUGGUUGCCACGUCGCCUCAGGCUCAUACGACGAGACUAUAACGAUCUGGGAUUUAAGAGGCAAAGAGCAACUGACCCUGAAGGGUCACAGUAAUAUAAUCACUUCAGUUGCUUUUUCAUUAGAUGGCCGUUACCUCGCCUCAGGGUCGCAUGACGAAACUAUAAGAAUCUGGGAUACGGCAACGGGCAAAGAGCAGCGGACACUUGAGAUUGGCACUGAGGUGCGCACUAUAUCCUUUGAUGCUACAGCCUCGUACCUUUACACUGAAAUCGGCCUGAUGAAGUUGGAUAUGGAACAUGCAAACUACAAGUUUGUUGGCUAUGGCUUAAGCACCGACAAGUGUUGGAUCACAUGGAAUGGGCAAAAUAUACUGUGGCUUCCGCCUGACUACCAGCCUUCCUCCGGGUCGGCUAUUUGUGGUUAUGGACCACACAAUCUUACGUUGCCAGAGGGGUCGUCAGCAGACGUUGAAAUAGCACUGCUUAAUGAUUCAGGAAGAGUGACGAUGAUUAGAAUGCCCAGGUCAGAGCCACAUCCCUUGGUAUAGUCUCUUUUCCCUCUCUGCAAAAUAGAAUAUCAUAGGAGACUAUGUGGAUCUGUAUGUAGUAUUUAAUAAGCGGCCGAAACGGAAAUUUUCGCGUGGUGCUCUAACUCAGAAGGUAUCUUGUUGAAAAGAAUAGACUUUGAUAUUGCCAACGUUUGAGUUAUGAUGGAUUCUGAGAUU